GCCCCUCGAAGUGCAAUUGGAGUCUCUGUCGCUAGACGGACGCUCGCUGUCAGUUACGGCUUGUCUGUUGAGCCUUUGUCCCAAGGUUGACGAGUUGUAAAAACCCGACUCGACGUAUUAACCUCACCUGCAACCGCCCAAGAAGGCAAGUCAGGGCUGCUGGAUGCGAUAUAGCGGGCCCUGCGCCCUCGGUCCCUUCAAUUCUGUACUGUGUCGCGCACGGAUAACAUGGUCCAGAGCGGGCGGUUGUGGUGGGCGGCGAGCCUGUUGGUGGCGGCGGCGGGCGCGGCGGAAGGCACGGGCGUGGUGGACAUGGAGGUGUGUCGCCACGGGUGCUCCGCCGUGCCUCAGGACAUGUGGCCGUACUGCUGCGAGUCACACAACACCUGCUGCCAGGAGUUCGCUGAUUCGUGCGUGCACGAUUGCCUUCCCCGAGUGAACUCCGGGGACGUGAGCGUGGUGGAGGAGCGCCCCGGCCUCUGCUGCGCCCUCUACAACCUCUGCUGCUUCAGGGAGACGCCCCGAAUCUCCCCCAAGAGGAAGAACGACGGCCCGCCGCCCAGCAUCCCCAUCGUCCACCGGUUCAGCUUCCCGACAUCCGUGAGCCAACAGAGGGCGCCCACAUCCCCGGCCGUCGCCCCCGCCCCCGCCGCUCGGCCUCCGGCGCCCCGGGACGACCAGCCGCGGGAGCCGCCCAGGAAAACCAGCCCCAAUCGCCCCCAACUGCCCAGGAAGUUGCCCGGCAGACCGAGGGAUUUCGAUGACGACCAAGACGCAGGACCCAACUUCGCGACUGGACCCAGACGCCCUCAGCUGCCCAGGAAACUUCCCUUCAGACCGGAUGACUCCGCCGACGGUCCUCAACCACCAAGGAAGUUCGCGAACAGACCAAGCGACUCGGACAGACCUCAGCCGAACAGACCAAACAGCUCGGACAGACCCCAGUUCCUGAGAAACACCGAUUCAGACGAGCCACAGAUUUCCAACAGAGCCCAAGGACCCGGCCAGCAGUCAUCCAGGAAGAUCAAAGUUCGUCCUCGUCCCCAGCAGAGAAACGACGUAGAAGCGGAGCGCGGCGAGGCCGAGAAACUGCCAGCUCCUGUGCAGACUGUCGAGCAAGAAGACAGAUUAGGCCAGUCAGGUGCUGAAGAAAUCAGCGUUGAACCAAGAGGGGAAACUGCCCCAUUGCCCGUUCCUCCAGCGGUGGAGAGGACGCCAAAGAUCAUCUCAGUUGAGGAGAGGCCAGCUCCACGGCAGGCGGAGGCAGUAGUGAUCGAGCCGAAGGAAGAGCCCGUGGUCGAUGACUUUGUUCUCCUUCCAAACCCUCUCACUCAAGGCCAAGUUGCUGAGCCGGCAGAGACCGUCACUCCCCCACCAGCCAUCUCCCCACUGGACAUUCCCACUUACCUACCUAUCGAAAUCCCUCAGGAUACAAGCGCUCCCACCUACCUUCCUCUGGACGAGGGAGACGUCUUCGAAGCCCCACAACUUUCUCCAGAGGAAUUCCAAGAAGCACCUGAGCCCAGCGAGGCUCCAGUAGGCAGCCCUCAACCCUCCCCGUCCUCUCUUCAGGAGCCCGAGGAAUCCCAAUCCCCUGACCCCAUCGACGUCCCCGCUCCUCCUGCCGCUGCCACGAGAGAACGAGGCACGAGGACCCGCGGCAGAGCAAGAGGCUCUUCGUCUCGAGGAAGGGAGACGUCUGACACCAGCGGUGGCGCUGUAAGAACAAGGUCGAGAGCGAGAAGUCAGGGCUGAGGGCCAUGAGCGCCGAAACACGGAGAUCGACUCAAUGCCAUCUACUGCUAGGACUGCCCCAGGCUUCCGUGGCGACGCGUCCAUCUUACAAAUGUUUUGAAAUGUUACAAAAAAGGUGUUACAUACGGAGUGUACAUAUGCAAUAUUUUGAUACUUUAGCACAGCAUUUGUAGAAAUCUGCUUGGCAUUGUUAUCGUGUAAAUAAUACAUGCACAUUGAUAAAUCUAAAUUGUAUAUAUAUAUAUGUCUGACAAGCUAUUAGAGACUGUUUGCUUCAUUAUUGUUAUUGCUCUUUUCCUUUCAAAGCUUGUUGCAAAACAGCGUCUUUCGAUCUGCUGUUCUCGGAAGCGAAGAAUAAGAAUAAGAAUCCUAGAACUGUAUACAUUUUGCACUUUUUCCAGCGUGACUGCAUUCACAUUUUUUGUCAAAGGUAUAUCGCUUCCAGCUCUUUGGCCUUUCCGUUUAUACUGUUCUUAAUCAUUGAUGUGCCAAGUUCAUACACUUUUUUUAAUAUAUCAAAUAUCACAUUUCUAAAAACACCCUCUUAUAUUUGUUACUAGACUGAUUUUUUGCAUUUUAUACAUAAACUUUCAUAAAAAAAAAAAACUCUGAGAGACUUAUUGUAUCAGUAGAAUAUUACAUAUGUAGAAAUGGCAUGAAUGAAAACGAAUGAUAGGGAAAAAAACAUAGAAACCCUUCACUUGCAUCUCAAGCUUUGUAAGCUUUUUCGUUUUCAUUCAUACCUUUUCUACGCAGGUCAGUAGAAAGUGAGGAAUAAUAUAUGUUCAGUUUAGAAGCCUAUGUUCUGUUUAGAUUACCUAGACCCUGAGGAAAAUGGUUAUUAUGAAUUUAGUAAACUACUUAUUGAUGUCCACUUCAAAAACGAAAAAACGGGAAACUUAACUUCCAUAAACAUUUAUUUGAUACUGUUAAUCUGUCCAAAAUUGGAAUGUCAUUUCCACCUAUGCUAAACUUGCCAUCAUAUGUAACUUUAUCAUCAACAAUAAAGACUUUACAUUGAUAUAUA